UCGUUUACCUGACUGGAUUCAGAAGUAAUGGAUUGGAUACAGUGUAAAUGUUCCAUUAAUUCUUUGCAACUGGCAAUCGAGGAUACUGCUAGUGUCAUGCGAACAUUGAAAGGAAGCUUUUUUGAUAAUAUAUUUGCUAGUGAUGCAUCCGCCAAAGAUUCGUCUAGUUGCGAAUUUUUGCACAUCAUCUUAGCCACAAAUUCAGUAUAAGACUGUCUGCCUCUAUUAUCAUAUGUGCAUGAUAUAAUCUCUGAUAGUGCGUCCAUCUGUUUACGUUUGCUCCAAUACUGCUGCAGGAAUUGGGAGAUGAAGUCCUCCAGGCUAUUGAUAUCUUGCAUCUGGCUCUGGAAAAACAUCAGCGGCUUGCCGAGUAGUAAACUGGACAGUUGGAAACGCCAUACUAACCAAGAGGUUGGUGGCGGAUGGUGGUUGACUGGUCACGUCAGAUGGCGAUUGGGUGGCGGCACUCUCCGUUCCCUCGGCGACGCUUGGAGCGAUCUGCGAAGACGUCGGUAUCAGGUUGGACGCCCUCACUCCCUCAUCUCCCUCAGCCAGACUCUCAUCGGAAUUAAUCGCAUCGACGACGUUAUCGAUCUUCAUAGAAGACAAUUGGGCCAAGUUUUGCGGGUCGAAAUUGAUGGAGCAUAUGCUGCCUCCCUCUCUCUCUCGUGGGGUCUCCGCUGCAUUGUCCUGGGGUUGUUGAUUGGCCGGUGUCGUAGCUAUAUAGUUUUGGGGGUGGUCGCUGAAGUAGGAAUUUUGCGAGUUAGCUGGCAACUGGCUCAUGGUGACGAUAUUAUGGAAUACUUUGAAUAAAUUGCCAAGUGUACUGCCAAAUUUCAGGAAUAUUAAAAUGGAUUCAGUGAUAGUGCCUAUUCUGGAUAAAAUUGUGUGGUCUUAAAAGUUUCAAGUGUCAUGUACAUAAAUUACAAAACGAACAUCGAGAGACAGGUAUGACUUCCAACAUGUACAAAUUACAUUAAUAUAGUUCUUAAAAUUUCAGUUAGGGUCUUAUCUUCCUUAACAACAAUAAUAUUAUAAUGCCUCAAAUAACCUAUAACCCUGGUCAGCAUACAAUGUCUAGAUUCAAAGAUCAAGAUCAAAAUUUUACUAUUAAAUUUUAUGGAGAUUUCCAUC